GUUUGUUUCAGAUACUCAUUCCUUGUGUGCCAAUAUUUUAUAGCUGGUGCUAGUCAUGUGUUUCAGUCCCAAAUUGGUGCCAAUUGCAUUUGUGUCUUAAGUUAAUUUUGAUAGGUAGUUUAGUGUCGUAGCCUUUUUGUGUGAUAGAAGAACACUUGUGAGUGCUCAUUAAAAUAUGUUGAAUUGCUUUUCACAAGAAAAUUUGAAAAAUAAUGUAGUGUAUUGAAACUGAUUGAAGUGAACCAUUGUUUGAUUUUGAAGAACCUUGUGCAGUGUUUCAAGUAGCAAUUUUCUCAGAAAACUGAAAUUUGUUCAGGUGCAAAAGUGUGUUUUUACAGCAUUUCCAUAGUGAUUUAAAACUGCAAGCUCCUCAAAAUGGCCAGCUGUAACGACAUCAUUCAAUACUGGCUGCUCCCGCUGCAGACAGAUGGCACUGUUGUCACAGACGCAGCUGAACUCAAAUCUUUCUGUCAAGUUUACUUGACUGCUCUACACCCUCACACUGAGAGCUACAUAUGGAACCAAGACCCCUUCAAUCUCAGAGUUGUGCAGGAAGAUGUGUCUCAUGGCCUAGAAGGUGCAGUGAGCAGUCACCUGUACGGGGAGAGCUGUGUGGGGGACUACAUAGAGGACGAGUGGUUCAUCAUGUUCCUCUUACGCAAGCUCUCAUCUGAAUUCCCUCAACUCGUCAUCAGAGUCUGUGACACGGACGGCGAGUUUCUGCUGGUGGAGGCGGCCGACCACCUCCCGGCCUGGGCUGACCCCGAGACAGCCGAGCAGCGGGUGCUGCUGUACCGCGGUCGCAUCCACCUGCUGAGUCCGUCUGUUGUACCGUCAGCCGAACCGUCCGCCGUCCUGCCCAUCAUGGACGCCGUCAAAGCUGUCACGUCUCGUCCAUCUGAGACGCUAGCGUCGCCCCUCAUCCAGGAGGCUAUCGGCCUUAGGCUUAAAGAUUACCCCGGGCGCGUGCGUCGGGAGCAGCACGUGGCACACGCUUACGUGCCGGUGGGCGUGGCGGCGCUGCUGCGGGAAUAUCCUACUUUGGUGGCCCCCGCCGUCACCGCCUUCUGCAGCAGGGACCAGAUGGACUUGAAGGCACUGCGUGUUAUGAGGCACUUCCCGCCGGAGCAGCGCGUGAUGACCGCAGUGAAGUUCAGUAAGGCUCUCUAUGCCAAGCUUCAGGCCUCGCUCUACACGCCCGAUCAUAAGACCGGCUGGAACCUGCCGCCCCUCUCCCACAAGGAGCACAAGCAGCACCUGCUCGGUGUUAAACUGGCGUGCGGCUUUGAGUUGCUGGUUUGUAACGCUGGUGGUGUGACGCCGCUGAGCUCGCCGUCAGAGCAAGCACCUCCUGAGACCGUCACGGCUAACCCUCGCUGGGGACGCUAUAAGAAAACUCUCACUGAACGCGGCUACUUCAGGGGUGAACUAGAAGGCUCUAAGCUAUAUAAGGAGCUGGAAAGCAACGCCUCACGUUAUUUCAGCGAGCAUCUGCUGAAGAAGGAUCCUAACUCGGACGCUAGCAUGGACACGCUCUCCGCAGGGGCCGUUGUCAUCAAGCUGCUGCCCUCUGUCAACGCCGAUCUCGACUUCUUCGUCGAGCGUCAGAACAGACUUGUUCCUGCUGAUGAUGACUCUUGGCUCACGAUCACGCCGGAACUGUUGGAUGAAGAACUUCAGAAACGCUACGGUAAUUCUGAGAGUAAUCCCGCGUCCACGGACGAAUUGCAGGCCGACUUGCAGGCGCUGAUGACCCACCAGUCAGACUACGAAGGCGUCGAAAUGCCUCAGGACCUGCAGGAGCGGCUGCGAAAGUUGUCGACCAUGUCGCUGCCGCGGCGUAAACAAUCGCAGUCCGCCUCGCGUAAAGCGUCUCACGCGCGCAAGGUGUCCCAGUUGUCUGUCCAUCCCCAGGCACGGAAAAUUUCAAGUCAGUCUAAUGCUUCAAAUAGCUCCGAAAUGUCGACACUCUCGUCUAAAGUUGACUUCAACGCUGACAGCUUCAUGGAUGCAUUAAAGAAUUCAAUGGAGCUCGAGGUGCCAGAGGAUGAUUACUGGCUCGGCUCAGACGAGGAGUCCGGCAUGAGCAGCUACGGCGACGAGUCCAGCGAGGGCGAAGAGCUGCUCAGGAAAACGUCAAAUGCUUCACGUGACUCAGCCACGUCGUCUGGCGAGGUUUCGAGUUCGUCAAGCCACAAAGACAGCCGUGAGUUGCGCGCUGUUAUGCGAGGAGUGGAAGAGGAGCUGCGCUCCACCACCAUUGCUGACACGCUCCGACCUCGUCACUCGAGCAGCACUGACGACGAUGAGUUCGAUGAUGUCGAGGACUUUGCGCCCGUCAAGGUGGACCGUCAGACUGUCGAGCAGCUUGUCAAAUGCUACGCAUCUGAGAAGGGCCAGCAGCCUGGUCCUGCAUCGACUCUUUUUAAUUUUAUCGGGGCAAAGCCUAACUAGAAUAAUCUCCGUUAUAAGAUAAUACUAUAGCUCAUACAUUUAGAUUUACUUUUAGGAAUGGUAUGUCACUUCGUUUAAUAAACCUGUGUUAAACACCGUUGAUAAAAAGCAAGGUUACUCGCAAAAUUUCAUCAGCUCGGAAAGGUGAUUAGCAAGAUUUUAGUUUGUAUCAGCGGUUGUUGAUCCAGUUUUGAGCCAAAAUCUUGAUUCGGGUAGGCAUGCAUUCAGCGCCUUUGAGGAUGAUGAUGCUUCUUCACAGUAAAAUUUAUAAUGUUACGUUGCAGCAUUAACGUAUAAAACUCAUUGAACUUCUACCCUUAAUUAAUACAAAUUCGCGAAUAGCCUAAAUACGAUCCAUUUACGCGCUUAAUACCGCCAUAUCACGCGCAUGCAGCAAAUGCACUGCUCAUAUUUUUAAGUAAAUUAAGUCAUGUGCUCGAAGAACACAGCCGGUUCCGAGCCUGGGAUAUGAUGGCAUUCAUAAAUCUAGUUAGUUUAUAAGUUAUCUUAAUUUCGCUGCACCUGUGAUCUUAUUAGUUCUUAAGUUACCUUCUCUAAUAGCACACUACUAUUUACCCCAAAUUAGGUCCAUCGCAACGAAUAUGUUAUGAGUGAGAUGCAACUGUACCCGCUGUAAAAUGUGGAGUCAGAGUGGAGCCGGAAAACGUGGAAUCGAAGUAAAAAAAUGUUUCUUCAUUUGAACCAAUGACCUACCUGUACUUUUAUUUUUUGACACUCAUCUCUAGAUGGAAUUCAUAUUUAGCGCGUUGUUUGGAGUCCUGAAGUUUGCUUUCCGUUCACUUUGUUUGUAAAACCUUUUUCAUGUCCAUGGCAUGACUAAAACAACAUUGAACAUUCAUUAUAUACAAAGCGGACAAAA